AUUUUUUUAUUUUUUAAUGUUUUUAUACAAAUUUUUAGUUGAAAUUUUCUAGGCAACAAAAACAGUCAAAAUUCAUAAAAUAUGUCUACACAAAAAUCUGCUCAAAGACAUUUAUAACGUUGUUAUUCAUGAGUUAUAAAACUUGGAAGCAACAAAAUGUCUUCAAUUUAGAUGUGUAGGUAAGUAAACAAAUGUGAUGCCUAUGGACAGAGAACGAGAACCAUGAGGAAAAGAGAUGAGCUUUUUUCAACCACUGUUUUCUUGAGUAGAGAAAUGGUUGUGUUACUUUUCACUAUCAGUUGUGUUCUCUCACUAUCAGUUGUUUAAGUAUGCAUGUGAGAAAGUAGAGCGGAUUAUAAAUAAGAAUCAUUGGAAAUGGGGAAAACAGGAAACAGAAGCCAGACUAGCCCCCCUCCCCCCCGGAAAGGCUGUUAACAGUCGGGUUAUAUCCUAUGAACCGGAAGUACCUCCUGUUGAACGGACUACCUAUUGUCUGGAGCCCCAGAUGAAACACAAUUUAGCUGCGGGCAAUAGGAUCUUCCACAGCAGCACCAAAAAGUCUAUCAAUCUUCAGGUGAGCCAAUACCUGCCUUUCCCUAAGGCCUCUCUUUUUCUAAGACCACCAAAUCCAAAGACUAGUUUUCAAAUGCUUACUAGAAGCUCAGCAAAAAUGUUCCACCUCUCCAUGGCAAAGACCGAGGACUCCAUUCGCGCAGGCGCGGAGAUAGCCAGUCCUAGACGCUCAGUUAAGAAAAGGAAACAGGUGGCUGACUUCAAGACUAAGAACCAAAAAAGACUCAGGGAAGAUAAGCAGGGUCAUCGGGACAUGCCAACCCAGAAAGAAGACACAGAGGUAUCCAAUGGGGCUUUUCUGGCCCUCGGAGAGAAAGCAGAAACCUCUAGAAAUCCACAAAUAAACCUACAAGCCUCUGACCUAAAGACCGUAGCCAUGACAACACGCUUGGCCGCUGCCAGAAAGACACAGUCUUUGUGUGACCCAGUGACCACAGCCAUGGUCAAACGCAAGUCCAUUCACACAAAGAGCCAGUUGAAGCCUGGUUCUGCGACUACAUCCAUGUCCAUGGGAUCAGGCAUUGCCAAAAAGAGGCCAUCUUCAGUAGGCCUAAUGACCAGAGCCGUGAGUACACGCUUGGCCAUUGCCAAAAAAGGUCAGUCCUUGUCUGGCCUGGUGACCAAAGCCAUCGCCACAUGCUCGGCUGGUGACAUAAAAUGUCCCAAAGCCAUGGUCACGCCAUCAGCCACAACCAGAAAAAAUGAAUUUCCAUCAAGCCUGGUACUUGCUGAAAAUGGUCUGACUUUAUCUGACCUAGUGACCACAGCCAAGUCAACAGACUUGACUGUUACCAGAAAGAGUCGACUGCUAUCUGGUCAAAUAACUGCCCCCGUUGCCAUGCAUUUGGUGGCUGCCCAAAAAAGCCAGUCUCUGUCUGGCCCAGUGAUAACUGCUACAUCCACUCAGUUGGCUGUUGCUAGCAGAAGUCACUCUUCAUUUUUCCAUGAGACUACAGACUUAGACACACCUUUAACAACUGCUACUACAGGACGAUCUCCAUCUUGGGAUACAACUAACAAGAAACAACCAGUUACAGAAACAACUAACAUGGAGAAGCUAGUCUCAGAGGAGAUAGCCAAGAAAUGGCAACCUACCUGCAAGAAAAUUGCUCCUGAAAAUCAGCUGCGUUUCAGUGUAAGGCUGACAGAGAGUUCCUCCAGAUUCAAAGAUAUUGUGGUAAAGAAGCAAGAUGGCUUCACCCACAUUUUUUUAUCCACAAAAUCAUCGGAAAAUAACUCACUUAACCUAGAAGUGAUGAAAGAAGUUCAGAUUGCUCUGGCCAAAGCUGCUGAUGAUGACAGCAAGCUGGUAUUGCUCAGUGCCAUUGGCAGUGUCUUCUGUUUUGGCCUUGAUUUUGCUUCUUUUAUACACUGUCUCAUCAGGAACAAGAAAAGAGAAAGCACUAAGAUGGCAGGAGCGGUCAAAAAAUUUGUGAAUACUUUCAUUCAGUUUAAGAAGCCUAUUAUUGCUGCCGUCAAUGGCCCAGCCAUGGGACUGGGAGCAUCUAUAUUACCUCUUUGUGAUAUGGUUUGGACAAAUGAAAAGGCUUGGUUUCAAACCCCCUAUACCAUCUUUGGACAGAGUCCAGAUGGCUGUUCCAGCUUCACAUUUCCCAAGAUUAUGGGAGAAGCUUCUGCAAAUGAAAUGUUACUCGGUGGGCGGAAGCUAACAGCACAGGAAGCAUGUGAUAAGGGCCUGGUCUCCCAGGUAUUUUGGCCACAGACCUUCAACCAAGAAGUCAUGAUUAGAAUCAAGGAGCUCGCCUCCUGUAAUACAGCUGUCCUGGAGGAGUCAAAAGCCUUACUGCGCUUUAACACUAAGUUGGAGUUGGAGCAGGUCAAUGAGAGGGAGUGCACAGUGCUGAAGAAAAUUUGGGGCUCUGCAGAGGGGAUAGAUGCCAUAUUAAAAUACUUGCAGAAGAAAAUGGAGUACUGAUUGACUGGACUGCCACAGACGACACUGGAGCUGAUUUAAGUAGAACUGGUUUAAACACUAUGACACUCCUGGCUCCUAGUUAUGGAUACUUACUCUUAAAAGUUUGAAACAAGUUCACCUGUACCUCAUGCAUAGAAGUAGGAAUGUAUCACCUAACCUCUUACCAAAGAGUGUUAAAGAACUGUGACUUUAAAAUAACUAACUGCAAAGUACCUUUAAUCAAACAUCCUUAUCUUACAUCCAUAUACAGAAAUUAUGAAAAGACAAUGGUGAGCACCAGUUUGACUAAUACUAUGUUAUUAAAAUGUGUGAGUAUAUCUGAAAAAUAUAUAAAA